AUGGAAACAAACAACCAUUUCAUCUUCUCUGCCGCCUCAGGACCCAAGCCCACGCCUGCCUCAGGGGACAGCUCCUUCGCCCACGGCUCCCCGCUCGGCUUCCCCCACCAGGGGAAAAGUCUGAACGGGGGCAUGAAUGUCAAUGGCUUCUCUACUGUAUCUCACCCCAGUACUUCAGGGACCCUGGUGCCUGGCUCGCCGCCCGCGGGCACGCCGCCGCUGCGCACCUACGACUGCCUCUGGGACUACGCAGCCUACCCGUCCGGAGGCCUCAAGGAUGGCAGUGCCACCGCCGUGCCACUCCCCGGCCUCGCACAGUUGCCCCUCAACGGCGUGGCAGGAGGCUCCCGGCCGGCGUCCCCUGGGCACGGCGCCAACCUACGGGGAGCUGGGCAGGAGUUCUGGGGCAAUGGCACCUCUGGCCCCAUGGGGCUGAACUUCGACUCGCAGGAGCUCUACGACUCCUUCCCCGACCAGAGCUUCGAGCUGAUGCAGAACGGCCCUGACAGCUUCUACACAGCCUCCCAGCCCUCCCCCAUGCUGGGCUCUGCCACGGAGCCCUUCCCGCUGCCCCCAGGCCCGCCUGAGGAGCCUGGUGCUGGUGAGGGAGACUCCAGCACUGCCAAAGAGAUGCCCCCUGGCAUCGCGGAGAACAGCGAGGGGCUGGUGGGCAGCAUGGAGCUGGAGGAGGCACAGCCAGACUUGAAGAUCUGCGGCUACAACGGCUCCGGCCCUGGCACGGUGUCGCUCGGGCAGGAGGGGCCUGUCCUGGCCCCCAGCACGGGCAGUGGCUGCCUGGGGGGCACGUCGCCCAUCGCCCCUCGGCUGGAGGACACCCCCAUCCUCAGCGAGGAUCCUCUGGAGCCCUUCGAGUCCCUGGCCAGAGACCCUGGCACCGGGGACCUCUAUGCCAUGGACGACUCUCAGCUGGUGAGCGACAAGUCCCCCCUGGAGGAGCCCCCGGACCUGCCCCCGCUCCAUGCUGCUGGUCCCUUCGGGCUGCUGCCCGCCGGCCCCUCGCCCACCCAGCUGCUGGAGGGCCCUGGCUUGCCACCCGCCCUGCCCGCUAUCCCCCUGAUGGCGGAGUGGCGGCGGGAGGUGAGGAUCAAGAGGGGGAACCAUCGCUGGCAGGGUGAGACCUGGUACUAUGGACCCUGCGGGAAGAGGAUGAAGCAAUUCCCAGAGGUGAUCAAGUAUCUGAACAGGAAUGUGGUGCAGGACGUCCGUCGGGAGCACUUCAGCUUCAGCCCUCGCAUGCCGGUGGGAGACUUCUAUGAGGAGCGAGACACAGCGGAGGGCCUGCAGUGGGUGAAGCUGAGCCCUGAGGAGAUCCCUGCACGCAUCCAAGCCAUCACGGGCAAGCGCGGGAGGCCUCGCAAUGCUGAGAAGACCAAGGCCAGGGAGCCCCCAGCUGCCAAGCGCGGCCGGGGGCGGCCCCCCAAGGCCAGGAUGGAUCUGCUCAGCAAGACAGACGCACGGCUGCUGAAGAAGUUGGAAGCCCAAGAGGUGCUCAGCGAUGAGGACAAGCUGAAAAUGAGCAAAAUCAAGAAGAAAAUGAGGCGGAAGGCCAAGAACAAGCAGAAGCAGGAAGCCAAAGCCCCCAGAGUAAAAGAGAUCAAGAAGAAGUCCAAGGUCAAGGAGAAGAAGGGCAAGGCAGAGAAGGGCAAGGAGAAGGCACGGCCCAAGGAGAAGAAGGGCAAAGGGCCUCGCAAGGCAGACAAAGGCCUCCUGGCCCAGCGGCGGCUGGAGGAGCGCCGGCGGCAGCAGCUCAUCCUUGAGGAGAUGAAGAAGCCCACGGAGGACAUGUGCCUGGGGGACCACCAGCCCCUGCCAGCCUUCUCCCGCAUCCCAGGCCUCAUCCUGCCGAGCAGAGCUUUCUCCAACUGCCUGACAGUGGUGGAGUUCCUCCAGAGCUAUGGCAAGGUCCUGGGCUUUGACCCUGCCAAAGACGUGCCCAGCCUGUGUGCACUGCAGGAGGGGCUGCUGGGGGUGGGCGACAGUGCGGGCGAGGUGCAGGAUCUGCUGGUGAGGUUGCUGCAGGCUGCGCUCUAUGACCCUGGGAUGCCACCCUACUGCCAGUCCCUGAAGAUCCUGGGGGAGAAGGUGUCUGAGAUCAGCCUGAACCGUGACACAGUCUCCGAGGUCCUGCGCUGCUUCCUGACUGCCUACGGCGCGGGCGAGGAGCUGUGCCAGGCGCUGCGCACCAAACCCUUCCAGGCACUGCCCCCCGAGCAGAAAGCUUCCAUCUUGGCCUUCCUGGUCAACGAGCUCAACAGCAGUGCCCUCAUCAUCAAUGAGAUCGACAAGACCCUGGAGAGUAUGUCUAGCUACAGGAAGAACAAGUGGAUCAUUGAGGGCCGGCUGCGCAGGCUGAAGGUGGCCCUGGCCAAGAGGACCGGGCGGCCUGAGGCGGAGCUCAGCGGCUGGGAGGAGGGCCGGCGGCGGCGCAGCUCCCGGCUGACCGAGGAGGUGGAGAUGGAGGAGGAGGAGGAGAGCCGAGGACGGAAAUCCCGCAGGGAGGAGGAGGCUGAUACAGCUGCGUCCAGCAUCCCGGAGCUCGAGAGGCAGAUUGAGAAGCUGGUGAAGAGGCAGAUGUUCUUCCGCAAGAAGCUGCUGCACUCCUCGCAGACGCUGCGAGCAGCUUCUCUGGGCCAAGACCGGUACCGGAGGCGCUACUGGGUCCUGCCCCACCUCGGUGGCAUCUUCGUGGAGGGUGUGGAAGCGGCCGAGCCAGCACCGCAGGAGCCCAUGGAGGAGAAGCCUUCCCCUCGCCUGUUGCCCCUGAAGCAGGAGCCCUUGAAGCAGGAGCCCCUGAAGCAGGAGCCCCUGGCCCUGCCCAUCCCCAGCCGUACCAGCUGCACAGCCUCGCGCUCCCGCGGCCGCCCCCGCAAGAGCAAAGAGGAACUGCCCCAGCACUGCGGGCCCAGGCCCCCGCCAGUUAAUGGGGUCCUGGAGGAGCCGGUGCCCCUUGGGCAGAGCCAGCAUGACCUCAGCCAGUCUGCCUUCCUCUCCUGGCUGAGCCAGACCCAGUCCUCCCUGCUCAGGGACUCUGUCCUCACCCCAGACAGCAGCCCUAGCAAAGGGGACACGGGUGGCUCCUCCCUGCUCGAGGCCCCUCCUGAUCCCUCCGAGGUGGAGGAGGAGGAGAAGGAGAAAGAGAAGAAGAAAAGUGUCCCUCAGGCUGCUGACAAGCAGGGCCCCUGGUUCAACCUGCUGCCCCGGACGCCAUGUGAUGGCCGGGCCCCCCUCGCUACCUCCUCUGCGGAGCCCUUGCCACGAGCCAGCGCCCAGCCCCGCGCCCAGCCCCGCAGUGAGCUGCCCAAGGGCCCAGCCCGGCAGCUCAACGGCCUCCCCGUGGAUGACCCAACCACUCCCCUGCUCGCUUCCACACCGGUGCCUGCUGGUGCCACGGCCCAAGGUGCCUGUCCCCGAAGCCGGGGCAGCCUGGAGAAGCUCCAGGACCCACCGGGGCAGCCCAAGCGCCGAGGGCGACCUCCCACCAAGUUCUUCAAGCAGAUCGAACAGAAGUACCUGACCCAGCAGACGGAGCAGCCUGUUCCCCCUGAGAUGCAGAGCGGCUGGUGGUGGCUGCAGGACCCCGAGGAGCUGGAGGCCGUGGCUCGGGCGCUGCACCCCCGGGGGAUCCGGGAGAAGGCCUUGCACAAGCACCUCACCAAGCACAAGGAGUUCCUGCGGGAGGUCUGCCUGAGGGCCACCACUGACCCCAUCUUCCACCUGCGCCCUGAGGCAGCCGCAGCCGCCGUGUCUCAGGAAGCUCUGGCCCGGUGGUCGGUGAUGGAGAGAGCCUACGAGGCCGACCUGGCCGUGCUGCAGUGGGUGGAGGAGCUGGAGCAGCGCGUGCUGAUGGCUGACCUGCAGAUCCGGGGCUGGACGUGCCCAAGCCCCGACUCCACACGGGCUGACCUGCAGUACUGCGAGCACAAGGUGGAGCCACUAGAGGACAUCACGAUCCGGAGCCGCCGGGAGGGGCUGCCCCUGUGUCGGGAGCCAACCAACCCCUUGGACCUGGCAGUGCUGCGGCUGGCGGCGCUGGAGCAGAACGUGGAGCGGCGCUACCUGAAGGAGCCGCUCUGGCCCCUGCACGAGGUGGUGGUGGAGAAGGUGGUGCUGAGCAGCCCUGAGGAGCUGAGCCUGGGUCCCACUGAGAUAGCCUACGAGAUCACCCCCCGGGUGCGGACCUGGCGGCAGACCCUGGAGCGCUGCCGGAGCGCGGCGCAGGUGUCCCUCUGCAUCUACCAGCUGGAGAAAUCUAUCGCCUGGGAGAAGUCGGUCAACAGGGUGACCUGCCUGGUGUGCCGGCGAGGGGAUGAUGACGAACAGCUGCUGCUGUGCGAUGGCUGCGACCGCGGCUGCCACCUCUACUGCCACCGGCCCAGGAUGACUGAGGUGCCCGAGGGCGACUGGUUCUGUUCCGUCUGCGUCUCCCGGUCAGGGGCGUACCGGGACCCCAUCUCCCCGCGGCGAGGCAAGAAACGGAAACGAGGACGUCCGUUUGCGGGAAGCUUCCCGGAGGAGGAGGAGGAGAGCCCUCGGCGCCGGCCGGCCUCGCGCCGCCGCCAGGGGCUGCCUGCACCGCGCUGUGUGGGCCAGGGGCUGCCCCCCAGCAAGCGGAGGGGCACCAUGGCACGGGGCCAGCCCAGCGACCUCACCUUCUGCGAGAUCAUCCUGAUGGAGAUGGAGUCGCAUGAGGACGCAUGGCCCUUCCUGGAGCCUGUCAACCCCCGGCUGGUCCCUGGCUACCGCAAGAUCAUCAAGAACCCGAUGGACUUCGGCACCAUGCGCACGCGGCUGCUGCAGGGAGGGUACUCGAGCUCGGAGGAGUUCGCUGCCGACGCGCUGCUGGUGUUUGACAACUGCCGGACUUUCAACGAGGACGACUCUGCGGUGGGGCAGGCGGGGCUGGCCAUGCGGCAGUUCUUCCAAAGCCGGUGGGAGGAGUUCUAUCAGGGAAAACAAGCGCUCCACCCGUGAGCGAGGGGGGGCACACGGCCCCGCCACCCCCCUCACCCAACCCCCAUCCCACCAUCUUCCCGACUGGGGCUGGGAUCUCCCCUCUGCUCCCCCCCAACAAGAACUGACUCCUCUGGAGCUGAUCUCGCUGCCUGCUGAUCCCACGGUGGGGGCCAAACUCCACCCCCCCCUUCCUGCUGACCGGGAACCCCCUCCCCUAAAUCCCAGCCUCUUCUUGGACCCCCCAGCACCACAGCCCCCCCAGCACCACCAAGCUCACCGACUCUGUAAGCCAAAAAGAAGAAGAAAAACCAA